UUAAAUUUCCAUUUUGCUGUCAUGACAAUAUUAUUAGCGAACAGAUUGAAAUCCGAAAAGAGUAUAACAGACAGCAUCGAGGAAUAGAGGAUCAGAACAUUCAGUUUUUAUUUUUUUUGGAGAUGGAAGCUGAUGUUUCCAUUAUUUUUUAUGCGUUUUCAAAACCCUAAAUUGCAAAAAUCCCAAUUUAUUAUUCUCUAUCUUUCCCUCGGAUGAUUUCCAACCAAAAAUCUGUGUUUUUUGCUUAACGGAUCUUUUGCUCUGAUGGGUACGUUGAAUCUACUCUUGUUCUUCUCUUUGGUGAGUCUGUGUGCUAUGGCUGCUGCGAAGGUGGUGCUUAUUGGGAACAAUAUUACUCUGUCCUUCGAUGAUAUUGAAGCUAAUUUUGCUCCAACAGUCAAAGGUUCUGGAGAAUAUGGGGUCUUAUAUUUGGCAGAGCCACUUGAUGCGUGUACAGACCUGACAAAUAAAGUUGAACGACUUCCCAAUGUGAGUUCACCUUUUGCUUUGGUCGUUAGAGGGGGAUGUAGCUUUGAGGAGAAAGUUAGAAGGGCACAAAAGGCUGGCUUCCAAGCUGUAAUUGUCUAUGAUAAUGAAGAAGACGGUGUCUUGGUUGCAAUGGCAGGAAAUUCUGCUGGGAUAAGAAUACAUGCAGUAUUUGUAUCUAAAGCUUCGGGUGAAAUACUAAAGAAAUAUGCUGGGUGGCCUAAUGUGGAAAUAUGGCUAAUUCCAACUUUUGAAAACUCAGCAUGGUCUAUCAUGGCAAUUUCAUUUAUUUCCCUACUUGCAAUGUCUGCAGUGCUGGCCACUUGUUUCUUUGUCCGCAGACAUCGCAUAAGAAGAGAAAGGCCUCGGGCAUCUCUUGUUCGUGAAUUUCAUGGUAUGAGUAGUCGCCUAGUGAAAGCAAUGCCAAGUUUGAUAUUUACUGCCGUUUUGGAAGACAACUGUACAUCAAGAACAUGUGCUAUAUGCCUUGAAGACUAUUGUGUUGGCGAGAAGAUCAGGAUUCUUCCGUGCUGUCACAAGUUUCAUGCUGCAUGUGUGGAUUCUUGGCUUACUUCAUGGAGAACCUUUUGUCCAGUUUGCAAGCGUGAUGCAAGAACUGGCUUAAGCGAUCCACCUCCUUCAGAAUCCACACCCUUGCUCUCAUCAAGCCCAGCAUCUAUGGCGUCCUCUGUCUUAUCAUCUGUGAGAUCAUCACUAGCUUCAUCUUCAGCAAUACAAAUUGCGCGGACAGCUUCACAGACCGCAUCUGUUUCUCGUAACCACUCUAUUGCCAGUACACCUUAUGUUCAUCCAUCAACAUCACUUAGGUCCUCCUACCAUCAAUCCCCCUCCCUAAGCAUGAGCCGAAGCUCAGUAGAUCUUAGGAAUGCUUCCCAAAGAUCUCUAGCUUCUCACUUGAAUUCACCACAUUCCAUGGGAUAUCCUUCUUUGCCAUCCCUUAACUCAAGGUACAUGUCCCCGUAUAUUCCAAGUCCAAGCAAUGCUUCAGUGAGUUAUUUGGGUUCAUCCAGUCAUCAACAACAUCCUCUCCGUUAUAGUGAGUCGGCUGCAAGCUUCUCACCAUUUGCAUCGACACACUCCCUUCCGGAAUGUUAAAUUGUUCAAUUUCAUUAUAUCAUAUGAUUGAGGUGUCCAUGCACUUGAACCAGUAAUUGCCAAGUCUUGAACUAAAAGGUGCCAUUGAUGACUGAUGCUCUAGUGGACUACUCCUAUGCGACACUAUGGCAUUCUUGACCUGUCUCCUUUGGCAUUUGACUUCCUUAUUGGCACCUGGUGUACAUUGUAGCUUCUCUUGUGGUGUUUAGUUUCAUUUACAUGUUCUGGUUGAGGUUCUGGGUGAGUUUGCGUACAGUCAAUCGUGUGUAUUGUUUUUGCUUUGAAUUUGAUGUUUUCAUUGCUUUGAUUUCAAAGUAUAGUCAACUACUAACAAGAAAAUGUUGGGCUGUAGAUUGAAGUCAUAGAGUUCUUUAUGUUGUCUUAUGGAUUUGUCCAACUGAAUGAUGCGAGAUCAUGUGAUACUCUGUUGUUACCUGUACUUGAUCAUCUAAUUGCAACAUUAUUAUCAAUUAUGCAUGUAAAA